AUGGGCCUCGCCAAAGACAUCCUCUCGCAAUACAAAACCCUCCCUUACCCAACCAAGCCCUUCACCAACCAAACCAUCGUCAUCACCGGCUCCAACAUUGGUCUCGGCCUCGAAGCCACGCGCCACUUUGCUCGUUUGGAGGCCGCGAAGAUUAUCCUCGCCGUCCGCAGUAUCGAGAAAGGCGAAGCCGCCAAGGCGUCGAUUGAGGAAAGAACGGCUCGCAAGGGGGUUUGUGAGGUGUGGGAAGUCGAUCUCAGCAGCUAUGAGUCCGUCAAGCGCUUUGGACAUCGCUUGGAGACGCUGGAUCGGCUGGAUGUGUUCGUUGCGAAUGCGGGGAUUAACACUCGGAAGUGGACCGUGGUGGAGGGCAUGGAGAGCCAGAUCGUUGUUAAUUGUAUUAGUCCAUUGCUGAUGGGGAUUAUGGUGCUGCCGAAGCUACGGGAGUCGGCGGUGAGGAAUGGGACGGCGGGUGUGCUUACAUACACGGGCUCGUUUGUGCAUUGGUUGACGGCGUUUCCGGAGAGGAAAUUUGAGAGGCUGUUUGAGGGGCUGGCGGAGAAGGAGAGGGCAAGGAUGACGGAUCGGUAUAAUGUGAGCAAGAUGGUGGAGAUGUUGGCGGUGAGAGAGUUGGCGGAGCAGGUCACGAGGAGUGGGAAGGAGGGGAGGGUGGUGGUGAGUCAGUCGAAUCCGGGAUGGGUGGCUACGAAUAUUUCGGCGAGCGAGCCGUUUCCGUGGUUUGUGAGGGCGCUGAAGAAGGUUAUGGCGAGGGAUACGGAGAUGGGGAGUAGGACUAUCGUCAAUGCGGCUGAGGGCGGGGAGGAGACGCAUGGGAAGUAUCUGAGUGAUUGUGCGCCUGAUGUGAUCAACCCGUUCGUGACGAGUGAAGACGGUGCUCAGGCUCAGAAGAAGGUAUGGAGCGAGCUGUGUCAGCUGCUGGAGACUAUCGAACCCGGUGUUACCUCCAAUAUCUAG